CAGUAACCUCCCAUUUCCGCAAAUUUCAACUUCAACAUGGCGAGAAACGCAGGCAUUGCGAUCUCCAGUUCUCGAUUUGCUUGUUUGAAAAUAGAAGACGACGAAGAUGCAGACAAACAGACCAAGUCUAAAACAGCUGCCCAGCAAAGCAGCAGCAAUGCCUCAAAGAAGAAAAACAAGAAGAAGAAAGACCAAAAGGAUAACGAACAGCUGAAGCAGCUUGCCUUUGGUGGUGGAAAGAAUAGUUCUUCCAAGGGCCUGUCCCAUAAACAAAGUGCUGGUGAUGGUGGAGACCAGAAAGGUUCCUGGGACCAAUGGAAGCAACAUGACAAGGAGCUGAUGGAAGAGCAGUUCAAAGAUGAUCUUGCUUCAGCCCUGCUUCAAAGUCGACUUGAAUUGGAACAAAAACAACAGGAAACCUCAAAACAGAAGCAAAGGAUAGAAGCUGGUCUUGAACCACCUCUAAGCCGUGAGGGAAGGAAAAAGAAGAAGCAGAAAGAAAAACCCCAGGCCAUGUCACUUGAGCAGUUCAAUCAGCUUCCUCCUGAAAAGCCUGUCAAUGGAUCAGACGAUUCUGAAGGUGAAGAAAAUGGUAAAGAGUCAGAGUCUGAUGUUCAAACUCGUGUUCCAGCAACACAACAGGACCCCCGAUUUUUUAACUCGGUUGAUGAUGAUGCGGAGCAGAUUUUGCGCCAAGAAAAAAUGCAGGAAGAAUAUCGCAAGCACUUUUCAUCUGACAAUGUUAUUGUUGCAAAGCUGAAGAAUGAUUUAGAGAGGAAGGACUUGAAAGUAAAGGAGCUGACUGAAAAAAUGAAUGCCAUGGAGGCUGAGCUUAAGCAAGUCAAGAAAAGAAACAAACAGCUUUGUGUGAUCUUGGCUCAGGGAGAAAUGAAAGACAAGGCUCAGGUUUUAUUGCAAGUUGAUGAGCUAACUGUGGUACGAGAUGAAUUAACUGAACAGGUUACAUCGUUAACGGGUGAACUUGAAAAAGAGAAGUCAAAGAAUCACUCUUUGAAGGGGGAGCUGGAUAAACUGAAGAACAACAAGCAGGGGAAAUAAAUUUCCAAGCUUCUCUCCAGCAGUCUAACACUUUGUAUGGGACCCAGUUAGAUGGCUUUGUACCUUGGUAAUUUUUAACCUAAGUUUUUGUUUCAUGUUGUCCGUGUGUUCUGAAACUGGUCACAUACGCCAAUGGCCUAGUUGUAUUUUGUUUUGCAUAAAUUUGAAGUGAUGGCGGUGUUCUGCACCUAGAUUAGAGCAUGAGGUAACAGAGCUAUCUUAAAAUGUUUCUUUGUUAAUGUGAGAGGAGCACUCUUCAGCUUUGGAUUUCUAGAAAUUUGAAUUUUUUUGUAUUUUGUGUUCACUUUUUGUUUCGAUAUUAAUCACAGAGCAUUUGAAAGAAGGCAGGGGACUCUGUCCGAUGAUGCAAUUAUUUAUUGCUUGCUGAAGCGAAAAUGUGUACAGAAGACGUAAGAGUUCUGUACAGAAGUCUCUGCCUGAACAAACGGUGAUCGGGAGGGCUCCUUAGCAUGUGUUUAUACAGAGCGUGCAUUUACAUGAACCUGUGCAAAGGGAGGAAGAGACGCAAUCAUCUCAUUUCCUUGAUGUUUUAGUGACCUCCCUUAGGGGAUGGGGGUCACUUUGGCCGAUAAUAUGAUGACACGUGACUGUUUUGUGGAGGAUUCAUCGACUGCUGUUAUGAUUUAUAAAUACAAAGGCAUUGAAUGGGGAGGUGGUGGAGGAGGAGAAAGAUGGACUCACUGUGCUGAAUUCACUAUAAAAUGUUGGGAACAGAUUACAAGAGGAAACUGUUGGUUAUAGUAGGGAAAAGUGCUCAGCCAUGUGGCUUUCCAAGCAACCACUCCCAACUGCCUGUCAUCUAUUGCAGCUCGUUAAAUGUAUGGAUGACAACAGAAUCAGACAUUCCGCGAGACUUUUCUCUUGUGAUUCGUUGAACAAAUAAGUAUAUUGUAAGUUGUUCUUUAAUCCUAUAGGGGCCUAUCUAGUGUUCUACAGUGUUCAUGCGUGUUACGCAUACUAGGCCUAACUUAACAUUACAUAUGCAGUCAUUCAAACACCAGUCGGAGACCUCCUCUCAAAAAUGCAUUUCCAGUGACCAGUCAAAAGACAUUUCAGUCACCCGCCCCAAACAUAUCGCUUGCCCAGUCCUAGACCCAUAAGUCUCUGGAAAGUUAGGUGUGAAAAUGCUCUCCAUCACUCUCUUUGUUCUGUGUGAGGGGCAGUUUCACCAAAUAUACGGCUCUCUAAGCUUGUCAUGCAAGCUGUGCAGGUAGUAGGGAAAAUAUCCGUUUGUCAUGCUUUACUGUCGGCGUGUUUUUGCGGAUUGAAGCAUGCAUUGAGAAGAAGUGACCCUGCAUUGGUACGUCUAAAUUAUAUAGUAAAAAACCCAUAAUAUGACAAAAGCGUGUGUUUGAGCGGAGCUUGCUUUUGUAUAGCUUGUGUUUAGGCAGAGACUACUGUACUGUCUGACUUGUAAAAUUGUUUUUAUUUCUUAUUCACUUACAAUCAUUUAAAUAUGGUCUUUUUCAAAUGACAAUCGACAUUUUUAAAAAGUCUAUUCGCUGUGUUUUUCAAUUUUGUUUCAAGACUACCCUGCUUAAUUUAGGUGAAGGGGACAAGUGCUUUCAUUGCAUUGUCCUACUUUUUUUUCUUUUUAAGACAGUUUGCAGUUUGAUAUGGACGUUACAUUUUUCUUCAUCAAUUUCCCUGCUUUCUAUGACAAAUUGUAAUGAAUAUAUGUGUGUGUAGGAUGAUGAGAGUUGCUGGUUGGGAUGAGAUACCCGCCUGAUUCGAUAAUGUUGACCUUCAUGUUUAUGUCCCAUUUUUAUGUGAUUCUACCAAUAAAGUGCUCUGCCAAAUAAAUAA